CAGUAAUAGUAGUACGACAACAACAAAUCAAGAACAAGAACGACCAAUUAUACUCUUUCGCAAAAGAAAUUCAACGUUACAGAACCGUCUAAGACAACUCGUAAGGAAUAUUGGCGGUGGUGGAAGACUUCAACAACAAAAUGAAAACACAUCAUGUCAAAUGCAACAACAACAGCAACAACAGCCCAUCACCACAUCACAAACUGAGCUUGAUGACAUUGAUUCUCAUCAUAGUGAUGAUGAUAAAUUGUUAACACCGUAG